AUGGCGUCUAACAAAUAUUAUGGUUACCGCGAGGAUGAGGGUCCCAACGUUUCUAGGAAUGGAACUCCACACCGAGUGUCCCAUGCAAUUAGUGAGCUGUCACAAGAAGAGGGGAGAGAAUUCCAAGAAUUCAGGAGAAGCAUGGGUUCUGGUUUUACUGAUAGGAUUGUCGGAAGCUUCACAAAGCAGAUGGUCAAACUAGCGGUGGAACAGCUCAAACCCGAAUUUGAGAGGAUGGCCAUCGAAGCAGCCGGUAAAGCACUUGAAAACAAAAUGGUCACAAUUAAGGAAAUGCAAAACGAACUCAACAGAAAGGAACAAGAGUUGAAGAGAUUGCAACUGGAGAAAAAGCUUUUGCAGGCAAAGUUUGAAAAAGAGAAGGUCAAUCGUGAUUUGGCUUCUAUUGUUGAUCAUAAGGAAAAAGAAAUAAAAAAGCUAGAGGCGGAUAUCGGCGGAUUGCGCGGAAAGUUACGGAAAAAGGCAGAAGAACUUAGAAAAGAAAAGGACCGUGCAACGGAAGAGGAGCAAAGGCGUGUAGAGAUAGAAACCAAAUUCAACACGGAAAUAGAUAAACUAAAAAGAGAGCUAGACAGAGUGAAGGGUCAACUUGGUCAGAUCCGGUCUGCCAAAAAUGUUGGGGACGAGGAAACUCGGAAGCUGCGAGAUCGUGAGCGAGAACUGUUGCAGGAAUUAGAGGAUGUAAAGAAACAACACUCUCUGAGGUUUCUGAGGAAAAAGCUGGGAAAUUGA